AUGGCAAACCCCGGUGAAGAAUACAAGACUGCCUCUUCUCAGGGAACGGCGGCAUACGCUGCGCCUUCGCUUUUCCAGCCUCAUAAGGCGCGUCAAGCAAUUCGAGACGCUCACGCAAAGAAGAUCCCGCCACUCCUUUGCUACUAUGCAGGGUUGAGCUCCAUUCCUAUUACCCGGUACUUAGCACCCAUGGGCUUCGACGCCGUGUGGAUCGAUUGGGAGCAUACUCCAUGCAACACGGAAACCAUGACGACGAUGGUUCACGAGGCUUCUUUCAUGAGCCAAGGCCGCACCAUUCCAUUCGUUCGCCUCCCUGGUCACGAUCACGCUGCUAUUGGGUAUGCUCUGGAUGCCGGCGCUAGUAUCGUCAUCCCUCAGGUCGAAACGGUUGAGCAAGCAAAACAUGCUAUCUCCGCUGCGAAGUUCGGCACCGCGCAGAACGGCACGCGAUCGCUUCCGCCUUUCCGCCUUGUACCUGGUUUCACCGAUAUCCCGUACGACCACCGCGAUCUACACAAGUGUCUCAAUGACCAAGCCGCCAUCAUGAUUCAAAUCGAGUCAGAACAAGCCGUCAAGAACCUCGACGAGAUUCGACCGCGUGUGGUUCUGACAUCGACAUUGUCUGGCGCUUCGGAGCCUGAAUGGGUCAUGGUGUCGAAGCUGUUCUUUGAUACCAUCGAUAAGCACGAUAAACCCUAUGCUGGAUUUGCGUUCGGUGGUCCUCCUUAUGGGAGUCCCGAAGUACUGAAGAAGGCUGCGGAGCGAAUGAGUCUGGUGAUGAUCUCGGCUGAUGUGGUUCACUUGGGUGCUAUGGCGCAGGACUUGCAGCAGGCAAGGGAACUGAUCGGAAAGACGAGGUAG